CCCGUGUAUUAUUAAUCUCACAGUGCUCACAGCAGUUUCAUUUACUAACUGUGUUUGACCGGGAACGGACCCGAUACACUUUUAUUUGAGGUUGUUAGAUAAACCGGAUAAACGAUACACCGCGAUUUUAAAGAGCUAUUGUGAAGCGUUCUAUAUUCGAACCUGGAGUUUGAGACGCAAACCGAGUCAUCUGUGGUGGAAUGAGCCUCAAAAGCGAAUCUCUUUGGUGUCAUAAUGUAACAGUGAUUUUAAGUGUUUAUGUUUUUACUUUAAUACAUUGACGGCACGAAUUCAGAUGUCGCGGUGCGGCGGAGAGAAAGAGCGCAAACAUGAAUCGGACGAAAGUCGGAUUGACUCGGGAAUCGACUCGGGAAUCGACUCGUACAGAUCGAUUUCCAGAGAUCCGUACUGGAGUGUGGAGAGUUCCGAGGAGAAAGAUAAAUCGAGUUGCGGCACAGAAGAGCGAUUGGACUCCGCAUACGCGUCUUCGUCGUUAACAGUGGACAGUUUGGGAGAUUUCAUCGGGAAAUGCAGCAUUUCUGAAUAUGAAACCCCCACGGACUGUGAAAACACGGAGGAGGAAGUGAAUCUCUUAACCACUGUUACAGAAGAUGGAGACACGAUUCUCCAUUUGGCCAUAAUCCAUGAAGAGCAACACUUUUCACAUCAGUUGAUUGAACUGUUUCCAAGAGACCUGCUGGAUAUUCAGAACAACUUGUAUCAGGCCCCGUUGCAUCUCGCCACAUAUCUGAACCAGCACAGCAUAGUGAAAGACCUGGUGGCGAAGGGCGUCUCGCUGGAGCUCCAGGACCAGGAUGGAAACACCCCUCUUCACGUGGCCUGCCAACAUGGCUUCUGGGAUUGUGCCAAUGAGAUGAUCCACAACGCUUCGCCCAACAAACUCGCCCAUGUGCUGGAGGCACAAAACUGGAGAGGUGUCACGUGUCUCCAUGUGGCCACCAUGCACAAACAACAUCGUCUGAUGCGGCUCCUGAUGAAGAAAGGUGUGAAUCUGAACACGCAGGAGGGUACGAGCGGGAAGACGGCGUUACACAUGGCCGUCGAGCUGCAUGAUGUGUCCACGGUAAAUCUGCUUCUCAACAGCGGGGCAAAUGUAGAUGCUGCCAUGUUCAACGGCUGCACUGCGCUGCAUUUGGCAGUGGGCAGACAGGAUGCAGCCGUUGCCAACCGUCUGUGCCAGGCCGGAGCCGACAAGAUGAUCCGAAACAUGGAGGAUGAUACGGCCCUGGAUCUGGCUUAUGGCAAUGAUGAUAUUUUGGCUCUGUUCCCCUUCGACGAUAUUCAGAUCAUGGGCAGGACUGUGAUAAACUUUUAAAUACGUGAACAUGUCUCUUCGCAUGUUCGUUUUGUGUUUAGUUUAUACUCUCAUCUGAAUUUGUGGGACUUUGGUUUUCUUUAACUCUGCACAGCUUUUGGGAAUCUUCCUGUAACCUCAUUUUAAGUGUGAUUUUAUUUAUCUCCAGUGGUGGUUCAUUUAUGCAGCAGUUAUGAUGGCGGCUGCAUACAAAGGAUAUAAUUUGUAUUGUGUAUUCUGAGCAACCUCUUUUGUAAAUGCCAAACAUAAUGCAUUCUGAUUUUAUGAUUCGCAGUAGUAUGUUUUUGUAGCAAUGCAUUUGUAGUAAAAUGUGCAAUGUUUCCGAUGUUUCCAAAAAGGCCAAUAUAAAGUAGUUUUAUUAUUUAGAUUCUGUGUUUCCUUUCUGGUAAACACAAGUGCUGUCCAGUAAGCACUGUGAUGGUUUGGUAAUACAUUUUUAAUGAUCUGUGAACCACAAACCAUUUCAUAAACAUCUGCCAAAUAUGAAUACAUUUGGGAUUUCACAACCCUAGAAUUUUUUUACGUAUUCAAUAAUUUAAUGUAUUAAAUAGUGGUGCACAAAUGAUUGUUUUUUUGCAAUGAAAAUGACAAAAGUGAUGUCAAGAUAAUGCAAAUGCAUUCGUGCAAUGCUGUAUGCAUGCAAUUUAUGCAUGCAUGCAUUUUACUGACAGUACACAAAUUUGCUAAAAUAAAUAGCUUAUUUGACACAAUAUUUGAAGUAAACAAAUUUAAAACAUCCGUUGUCAAGGCAGGCUGUUGGUAUAUGAUUGAAGUGAGACACUGAUGACACACUUAUGGAACGUAAAUGAUGCAAAAUAUGCAACAAUUUGCAUUUGUGGUCCUCGAUGCAAUGCAUAACACUAUUUAUCAUGCAACCC